ACUCAAACUUCAAUCAAAUCAAAUAAUUUGAGAAGAAUAUUAAAAUUACAAACAAAUUACAACAAUUCCGCGUCUUCGUUUCAUAAACACUAACUUAUCCCCUUUUUUGCUUAACUCAUACAGUACAGUGUGUUGUUUACCAGAGAUUUAAUUGGUGCUACGAUUAUGCAGUGAAGUGUACGAUGAUUAAUUGCAGAUUGCAGCUCACAAUAACACAUGAAAGUCUCCAAUUUCCUUUUUGCUGUCCUCACGGUUAGCCAGUUUCCACACAUACAACCGAUAUAGACAGAAAAAUUCAAGAAGGAAACUAUAUGAGUAUAAUACAGAUGUAAUUACGGAAAAAGAAACUGAUAUGUACAGAACUUUUGUGUUGAUAGCCUGAAAGUAUAAGACAUGGAGCAAAGUCAUAUAAAGUGUGAGACUGAUUGUGAUGUAAUUGUCAAAGCUGAACCGAUUGAGUUUGAGGAAGGUACAGCGCAAGCACUGUGCACCACUGAGAUGAAGACUGAUGAUACAAACAAUAUGACGGAGCAAAACUGUGUAAUCAAGUUAGAGCCAAUUAUAGAAGGUUCUAGGGAAGAGUGCCAGCAAAAAGAAAACAUGUUGCGUAUUGAAAUAAAAUGUGAGACUGAUAGUAUUAGUGGUGUCACAGUCAAGACUGAACCUGUUGAGGAUGACUUCGAAGGCACAGCGCAAGCACUAUGUGUUACAGAGUUGAGGAUUGAUGAUCCCGUGACGAACAAUGUGUCAGACGAAACAGAUCCAUUGAAUGAAGAUAAAAGGAAAGUCAGGAAAAAAGAAAAACGUAUACAAUCCGAAGACAACAAAGUUAAAAAGCGCAAGCCAAGACGAAUCAAACGAACCAACGAGAAACGAUAUGAAUGCAAAAUAUGUCACAGGUAUCUUAGUGGAAUUAGUAGCCUAAAGGCACACAACAGGACACACACUGGCGAGAAACCGUACGAGUGUAAUGUAUGCAGCAAUAGGUUCAGUCAGAAGGCCCAUUUGGAGAUGCACGUAAGAAUUCACACAGGUGGAAAACCAUACGAAUGCAACAUAUGUCAUACACGUUUCACGCAAAAAAUCAAUUUGCAAAGACAUUUUAGAUCGCACAACGGUGAGAAACCUUUUGAGUGCAAUAUCUGUCUAAACAGGUUCACGAGAAAAAGCGCUCUGUUGCGCCAUUCCAUAUUACAUAAUUCUUAUCAACGUUAUGCACGACAGAUCGUUGCAAAAGUCUAUGACUUCAUGAAAAAGGAAGCAAUAAAGAAAUAUGCAGAAAAACUGACCGAUGCUCGUUGGAGGACCGCGCAGGCUAUCGGCAUAUCUGAAACCACCGUCACUAGGAUUCUGAGGGAACGUAGGGCAAAUAAAUUGUCUGAAUGCUCUAUAUCAGACUCUGAGGAGGAGGUCCAGGACGGUAAUCAAGAAUCUACAUCAACAGAUAUCAAUUUGGAAUCCUCACAAUUGUCCUCUACAAGUUCUAACAAUCACAAAUGCGAAAUAGAACUACCAGACAUUGCCAUAAAGACUGAACCCAAUGUAGAAGAAGUUGCAGGUCCACGGGCAAAUGAGAUCAAAUUGGAGAAAGAAUCUGACAUAACAGUGCAAUGUAUAGUGAAGGUUGAGCCGACAAAUGAAGAGGAAGGAAAAUUUAGUAAUCAAGAAGGGGAAGGUGAGAAAAGAACAGAAGUAGAGAGUUCAAGCAACAACACUAACACACAAUCAAAAGACAAAAGAGAAAAGUUAUGUACACUAAAGCCAGAUUUAACCCAUUAUGGCGGUGAGAAACCUUAUAGGUGUAAUGUCUGCGAACAUAGAUUUUCGCAAAAGUACAAAAUGAUAAUACACUACAGGACUCAUACUGGCGAGAAACCACUGCAGUGUGACGUUUGUCAUAAACGCUUCAGUGAACACAGCAGUUUCAUUGUACAUUCCAGAACUCACACCGGUGAGAAACCAUACCAGUGCGAUGUAUGUCAAAAACGAUUUUCAAUACACGCGAAUUUAGUUAAACAUAUCAGAAUACACACAGGUUUGAAGCCUUACGAAUGUGCCAUUUGCAAAAGUAGGUUUACUCAAAAAGGUCACUUGCAAGGUCAUUUAAAAACACACACUGGUGAGAAACCUUACGAAUGCAAUGUUUGUAAUAAACGUUUUGUAAGUAAUAGUAGGCUUAAAUCACAUUCAAGACAGCAUACUGGUGAGAAACCUGCUUCGUCUGGUGAGAAACCUUACGAAUGUAAUAUUUGCCACAGUAGGUUUAAGAUGUCUAGGGGGUUAAAAGCACAUAUAAGAACACAUACAGGUGAGAAACCUUACGAAUGCGAUAUUUGUCACAAACGGUGUUCGCAAAAAGGUAAUUUGCGGACUCAUAUAAAGUCGCACAGUGGUGAAAAAUAUCAUACAUGUCAUAUUUGUAAGACUGGGUUCACUAGAAAUUUUACUUUGCAGAAGCAUUUGCGUCUUCACCUGUUAUAGACCACUAGCUUUUUCCCACAACUUCGUAUGUGAGUAAAAAUCCGUUUCCCGUGAGAAUUUGAGGAAAUCUUAGGACUUACAUUGUCCAAGGAACCUACACACCAAAUUUCAGCUUUCUACGGCCUAGUAGUUUCGGCUGUGCGUUGUCUGUCAGUCAGUCACUCAGUAACGCAAGAGUUUUAUAUAUAUAGAUUUAUCUAUUGCUGGCGAAAACUUUGUAUAAAUUCAUUGGUGAGAAAUGUAUUUCACAGUUCAGUUAUUGUCAUUAUGUUUCAUACUGAAAGUAUCAUUAAAUAAAUAUCAAAAACUUAA